AUUGACUUUGACAUAUAAUGCAGAACGUGCUCUGUGUUUCUGUACCAAUUCAAUUUUUUUGACUAUGCGAUCAACUUCGCAGUAAAACAAACUAAUAAAUAACUAUAAUUUGUUUUUUGUGAUUUGUGUUAGUGGUGACUAAUUACAUUCUUCGAUAUUGAUUGGCAAAACGUGGAAUUGGUGAAAUGGCGUUGUACGUGUUGUACGAACAUGCUGCCGGAUACGCGGUUUUCAGCGUCAAAGAGUUUGAAGAAAUAUCGAUGUUGUUGCCGCAGGUUGAGCAGAGUGUAACUGAUUUAUCCCGAUUCAAUUCUAUAGUAAAGUUACUGGGUUUUUCGCCGUUCAAAACAGCAGUUGCAGCAUUGGAAAAUGUAAAUGCUAUUUCGGAAGGCAUCGUGCCAGAAGAUUUGUCUGCCUUUUUAGACAGUGUCCUACCAAAAGCAUCCAAAUCAAACAAGUUUACGCUUGGUGUUGCAGAUCCUAAGUUAGGAGCCGCACUGGCUGAAGCAUUAAGUAUUCAAUGCUCUCAUAUUGGCGCCGUUCCGGAAGUUUUGCGCGGAAUCCGUCAUCAUUUCCCAAAACUCGUCAAAGGGUUUUCAGACAAAAGCGCUGCUGUGGCGCAGCUUGGUCUAGGCCAUAGCUAUUCACGUUGUAAAGUUAAGUUUAAUGUACAUCGAUCGGAUAAUAUGAUCAUACAGUCGAUUGCAUUGCUGGAUCAGUUGGAUAAAGAUAUUAACACGUUUUCGAUGCGGAUCCGUGAGUGGUACUCCUAUCACUUCCCAGAGCUGGUCAAAAUUGUGCCAGAAAAUUAUUUGUUUGCUAAAGUUGCACAUUUCAUUAAGGAUCGUAAAUCAUUGAACCAGGAGAGUCUUGAAGGGCUUGAGGAGAUCGUUAUGGAUUCUGAAAAAGCUCAGGCUAUAAUUGAUGCUUCCAAAAUGUCCAUGGGAAUGGAUAUUUCGGUAAUUGAUUUACUGAACAUAGAAAUGUUUGCCAAGAGAGUUGUAAAGCUGUCCGAAUACCGUCAGCAGUUAUCAGAAUAUUUACAUUCAAAAAUGACAAACGUUGCGCCGAAUCUGCAAUCUCUGAUUGGGGAUCAGGUUGGAGCCAGGCUUAUUUCGAAAGCUGGCAGCCUCACAAAUCUUGCUAAGUACCCUGCGUCGACAGUGCAAAUACUGGGAGCGGAAAAAGCCCUGUUUAGAGCACUGAAAACCAAAAGUAAUACACCGAAGUAUGGUUUGUUGUUCAAUUCAACGUUUAUUGGGCGCGCCAAUGCUAAAAACAAAGGUCGCAUUUCUCGCUUCCUAGCUAACAAAUGUUCCAUUGCGUCCCGUAUAGAUUGCUUUACUGAGAGUCCUAGCAACGUUUUUGGGGAGGCACUGAAGCAACAGGUUGAAGACCGUCUGAAGUUUUACGAAUCAGGCGAAACACCUCGCAAAAAUCUGGAAGUCAUGAAAGAAGCUAUGGAAGCAGCCGCUGCAGUCACUGCAGCUCAGUCUCAGAUGAGCGGAAAGAAGAAAAAGAAAAACAAAAAGCGUAAGCACGAGGAGGAAAAUGUCAACAGUGGUGCGGAUGAAACGCUUGACCAUACAGCUAACGGUAACGGAUUGAGUGUCGAAGCAGAGCCUGAUGUUAGUGACGAACCCAAGAAGAAGAAAAAGAAGAAAAACAAAAACAAAGACGUAGAUACAUAACAUGUUUACAAGAAAGCAUUUUGAAAAUUUAUAUUGGUUUAUAUUUUUCUUUUCCUUGAUUGUUCAUAGCAUAGCAUUAUUAUGUAAUGUUUAUCCUAUUUGAUUCAAAUAUAUUCUCACCCCUAUUAAAAUAU